GCGGCGGCGGUUGCCAGGGCGACGGGAGCUUGCGGGGAGGUGCGGGCUCUCCCGAUCGGCGCCGCAGCCCAAGUUUCCUGUGGUGGAUUCUGAGAGCUGGGGCGUUUGCAGAAUGUUCUUUUACCUGAGCAAGAAAAUUGCCAUUCCCAGUAACGUGAAACUGAAAUGCGUAUCUUGGAACAAGGACCAGGGAUACAUAGCCUGUGGUGGUGAAGAUGGAUUGCUCAAAGUCCUGAAGGUAGAGACGCAGACAGAUGAUGCAAAAUUGAGGGGUAGUUCUACCCCUAGUAACCUUUCAAUGAAUCAGACUCUUGAAGGUCAUAGUGGUGCUGUUCAAGUUAUAACAUGGAACGAACAAUAUCAGAAGUUGACUACCAGUGAUGAAAAUGGGCUUAUUAUUGUUUGGAUGUUAUACAAAGGCUCUUGGUAUGAGGAGAUGAUCAACAAUCGAAAUAAGUCAGUGGUUCGGAGUAUGAGCUGGAAUGCAGAUGGACAGAAGAUCUGCAUCGUAUACGAGGACGGGGCUGUGAUAGUCGGUUCUGUCGAUGGUAACCGCAUUUGGGGAAAGGAUCUGAAGGGGAUCCAGUUAUGCCAUGUAGCCUGGUCUGCAGACAGUAAAGUCUUACUUUUUGGAAUGGCAAAUGGGGAAAUACACAUUUAUGAUAACCAAGGGAAUUUUAUAGUGAAGAUGAAGCUGAAUUGUUUGGUGAAUGUCACUGGGGCCAUCAGCAUCGCUGGAAUUCACUGGUACCACGGCGCGGAAGGCUACGUGGAGCCAGAUUGCCCCUGCCUUGCCAUUUGUUUCGACAAUGGGAGAUGCCAGAUAAUGAGACAUGAGAAUGACCAAAACCCAGUUCUGGUGGACACCGGCAUGAAUGUGGUGAGCAUCCAGUGGAACCACACGGGCAGCGUCUUAGCCGUGGCCGGCUCCCAGAGGACCGUCAGUCAGGACAAAGAUAUAAACACGGUGCAGUUUUUCACUCCCUUUGGCGAGCAUCUAGGUAUUCUGAAGGUUCCUGGAAAGCAGAUGACUGGACUUUCUUGGGAAGGAGGCGGAUUGAAAAUCGCACUAGCUGUUGAUUCUUUUAUCUAUUUUGCAAAUAUUCGACCUGAUUAUAAGUGGGGGUACUGCUCAAAUACUGUUGUCUAUGCAUAUACCAGACCCGAUCGUCCCGAGUAUUGUGUCAUCUUUUGGGAUACAAAAAACAAUGAGAAGUAUGUCAAAUAUGUGAAGAGUCUCAUUUCCAUUACUACUUGUGGCGAUUUCUGCAUCUUGGCUACGAAAGCAGAUGAAAAUCAUCCUCAGGAGGAGAGUGAAACGGAAACAUUUGGUACAACGUAUGUGCUAGUUCUUUGUAAUUCUAUUGGCACACCCUUGGAUCCUAAAUACAUUGAUAUUGUACCGUUAUUUGUUGCAAUGACAAAAACCCACGUGAUCGCAGCUUCUAAAGAAGCAUUUUACACCUGGCAAUAUCGUGUGGCGAAGAAACUCACAGCGCUGGAAAUUAAUCAGAUCAUGCGAUCCCGAAAAGAAGGGAGAGAAAGAAUUUAUCAUGUUGAUGAUACUCCUUCUGGGUCAGGGGAUGGUGUACUUGACUACAGUAAAGCCAUUCAAAGCACAAGGGAUCCAAUUUGUGCCAUAACUGCAUCUGAUAAGACACUGAUUGUGGGUCGUGAAUCUGGCACCAUUCAGAGAUACAGCCUUCCUAAUGUUGGUUUGAUUCAAAGAUACUCCCUCGAUUGUCGAGCCUACCAGCUCUCCUUGAACUGCAACUCUAGCCGUCUGGCUAUCAUAGACAUCUCUGGAGUCCUCACCUUCUUCGACCUGGAUACUCGGGUAACGGACAGUACAGGGCAGCAGGUGAUGGGCGAAUUGCAAAAACUGGAGAGGAAAGAUGUCUGGGAUAUGAAGUGGGCCAAAGAUAAUCCUGACUUGUUUGCAAUGAUGGAGAAGACAAGAAUGUAUGUUUUCAGGAACUUGGACCCAGAGGAACCCAUUCAGACUUCUGGAUAUAUUUGUAACUUUGAGGACUUAGAAAUUAAAUCUGUUCUUUUGGAUGAGAUCUUAAAGAAUCCAGAACACCCGAGCAAGGUCUAUGUAAUUAACUUUGAGAUUCGAUCCCUGCGAGAUAGUCGAGCAUUGAUUGAGAAGGUUGGAAUUGAAGAUGCAUCUCAGUUCAUAGAGGACAACCCACACCCCCGACUUUGGCGCCUGCUGGCCGAAGCGGCUCUUCAGAAACUCGAUCUGCACACGGCAGAGCAAGCGUUUGUGCGCUGCAAGGACUACCAAGGCAUUAAGUUUGUCAAGUCCCUGGGCAACCUGCAGACCGAGUCUAUGAAGCAGGCUGAAGUCGCGGCCUACUUUGGCCGGUUCGAAGAAGCUGAGCGAAUGUACCUGGACAUGGACAGAAGAGAUCUUGCUAUUGGCCUCCGGCUGAAGCUGGGAGAUUGGUUUCGAGUCCUCCAACUCUUGAAAACUGGAUCUGGUGAUGCAGAUGACAGCCUGCUUGAACAAGCCCACAAUGCCAUAGGAGACUACUUUGCCGACCGACAAAAAUGGCUGAAUGCUGUACAAUAUUACGUACAAGGCCGGAACCAGGAACGAUUAGCAGAGUGUUACUAUAUGUUAGAGGAUUACGAAGGAUUGGAAAAUCUUGCCAAUUCACUUCCAGAAAACCACAAGUUGCUUCCAGAAAUAGCACAAAUGUUUGUGAGAGUUGGAAUGUGUGAGCAAGCAGUGACUGCAUUUUUGAAGUGUAGCCAGCCAAAGGCAGCAGUGGACACCUGCGUGCAUCUCAACCAAUGGAAUAAGGCUGUUGAAUUGGCUAAAAAUCAUAGCAUGAAAGAAAUUGGAUCCCUGUUAGCUAGAUAUGCAUCUCAUUUAUUGGAAAAGAAUAAAACUCUUGAUGCUAUAGAACUAUAUCGGAAAGCCAAUUACUUUUAUGAUGCUGCUAAACUGAUGUUUAAGAUUGCAGAUGAAGAGGCCAAGAAAAGGACUAAACCUUUGCGUGUGAAGAAGCUCUAUGUGCUGUCCGCUUUACUCAUAGAGCAGUACCAUGAGCAAAUGAAAAAUGCCCAGCGAGGAAAAGUUAAAGGAAAGAACUCUGAGGCCACUUCUGCCUUGGCUGGACUGCUGGAAGAGGAAGUUCUGUCUACCAGUAGUCGCUUCACAGAUAACCCCUGGAGAGGGGCUGAAGCUUACCACUUCUUUAUCCUGGCCCAGAGGCAGCUGUAUGAGGGGAACAGUGACACUGCUUUGAGGACAGCUCUUCAUCUGAGAGACUAUGAAGACAUCAUCGCUGCUGUUGAGAUCUACUCUCUGUUAGCUCUUUGUGCGUGUGCCAGUAGAGCCUUUGGUACUUGUUCCAAAGCUUUUGUAAAGCUUGAAUCUUUAGAGAGCCUGAGUUCCGAGCAGAAGCAGCAGUAUGAAGAUCUUGCUAUGGAAAUCUUCACCAAACACAUUCCAAAAGACAACAGAAAAUCGGAACUGGACAGCUUUCUUGAAGGGGAGGAAGAGAAAUUACCUACGUGUGUUGCCACAGGGAGCCCAAUCACUGAGUAUCAAUUCUGGAUGUGCACUGUCUGCAAGCACUGUGUUCAGGCUCAGGAGAUUAGCAAAUACAACUUCUGUCCCUUAUGUCACAGUCCUGUGGGAUAAAGGACUCAUUGCUUAUAAUCGGAACACAGAUAUAGCAUGUAUAUACAGCUCUAACUGUAUAUGUGGUUGACUUUAAUAGCCCCCAUAUGAAAGUCUGCAUCAUUAUUUCAGAGUUGGAUCUUUUCAACAAAUUUAUGUAUAUACCUGCCUACACACAUAUUUAGUUAUAUUUCUAGAAAUUUAACUAUGAAAUAAUGAUGAUUAUUUGUAUUAAAAACAUGGACAUUUAUGUUAUUUACUUUCUGCUUAAUCUUGUGGUUGCUAGAUGAUACUGUGAAAAUAUCCCAAGUAAAAUCUUUUUCCUUAUAGUUUCAAGGUGCCUAAUUUAUUGCAAAAUCUUGGAACAGAGGAGCAAGCAUGAAAAUGAGAUAAGGUUGAAUUUAGAAAACUGACAAUCUCUAUUAGGAGGUUAAGCAGUUAUCAUAAGAAAUCAGCUCUAUCUCUAGAUGUAUUUAAUUAAAUAGAUAGUGAAUGUCCUCUAUAUUUUAUUUUCAGAAGAAGUGUUUUUACAAUAUAAAUUGUUUCUAAGAGCCUUAUUUUUGUACAACUUUUACUUUACCCUUUUAGUAUCUAAGAGAUAGAAUCUGAUAUUUACUCCUUAUAUUAUUAUAUAAACCUUUUCUCUAUGACAUAAAUUUUUGUUUUAUAUACAAUGUACAUUUUGUAAUAAUUUCCGUUAAAACAUUGUCACCAGGUUGGAUGCCUCAUUUAAACAACUCGUGGACCGUGGGGAGUGUUUUUCCCUUGAAAUGCAUGUUUUGAUUUAUUGUCAUCAACCGAAGAAAAAUUGUAAUCAGUAAUGGGUAAUUUUUACCUGUUUUGUAUUGCUAAUAAUCUCCAUUUAUUUCUCAUGAAAAAAAUUUGUGUCUUUCCAUUAUUGUGUCUGAAGACAGGACUCUAGCAGUUUCAUUAGUAUUUUUUGCUGGUUUGGCUUAUGGUUAGUAGAGGUAGAAAUUGACAGAAUAAUGCAAUACUGUUUUGCAAUUAUAAUACACAGUGCACUCUCCCAUGUGAAAUGUUUUUGGCCCUUUAGAGACAAACCACUUAUGGCAGAUUGAGAAUGGUGAGCAAUGAGAAGAGAUUAGGGCCUAGGUGAAUUUAGAGUAGAAGGCUGGCCUAAACUAAAUGCGAAGGCCAGAAGUCUUGCACGUCUGUGUUCAUGGACCUGGUAGGUAGUUCCUUCCACAACACAGCAGUCUCCAAUAUGCAUCCAAGCAAACCCUUGGGGAGCUAAUGCAAUAAAAAGGUUCACACACCGAAAGAGUUUACUCAAAUCAAUUUGAAAACUGCAGUUAGGAAGGAGAAAGUGGAAAGAUGGGGAUAGUGAGCAGUACUUAGUGAUGGGGUGGGCAUCAGUGGGGUAAAGAGUACAGACCCUGAACCCAGGGUUGUGUGCUGUUCUCAUUUCUUCAUUCUCAUUCCGCCUCACCAGCUUCCUUGCUCUAAUCAAGAGCCAGAGGCAAGCUUAGCUACAUGGAGCUUACCAGUUACCCUGCCUGUAGUCAUGAAUUUUAUUUCAUGGACAGAGGACAGGACAGAAUAAGUGUCGCCAAGGUCUCAUACAUAGAGGGCUUUAUAGAUUUCAUGCCCCUUUGUGUGUUAUGAAUAUUUGUUGUCUUGAAUGCCUUGUAUUUCUAGUAUCUCAUCAGUGUGAGGUGUGUUCAUGCAUGGAUGCUCAAUUUACUUUGUCUAUCUGAACAUUUUAACUUGCACAUCUAAGUUAAACAAAGUGAACUUUAUUUAUCUUAUUGGUAUUCUUAUCAGACAAAAGAGAACACUUCCUUAAAUCAAAACAUAAUACCUUAACAAAAAGUUCAAUCUUAUCUUCAACAGGAAUAUACCUCUUGUUGAAUUUAUUUUUUUCUGUAAGGCUAUUUUCACGGAUGAAACUCUUUUCUUCUUUAUCAAUGAAGAGGAAAUUUUCAAGGAUGUAGGGGGCAGAACUCUUGGAGGGCUUCAUAUCCAGAGUUGUGAUGCUUGGCCCGUGGUCUGGGCCGGAGUAUCCUCGCCUCUUCCCUUCCAGUCCUAGGGAUCAGCUGAGAACUCAGUUGAUUCCUCCAACUUUCCUGUGACUUGAUGUCUCAGCUAUUCCCAACAUAUCUUUUGGGGACUCUCUUUUAGAGCUUUCUCAUUUGCUACUCAUUUCAAUCUGCUGCUCAAGCCCUUGAAUUUUUCUACAACUGAUUAUUUCAGUUAGAUCCUUAACUGCUAUCUUUACCCUUUUUUGGGUCACUUUAGCUCAACUCAUAAACUCUAAAACAAAUACAUACAUACAUAUAUAUGUAUAUAUACAUACAUACAUAUAUACAUAUAUAUAUGAGGGCUGGAGCGAUAGUACAGCGGUAGGGCGUUCGCCUUUCACAUGGCUGACCCAUGUUCAAUUCCUCUGCCCCUCUCGGAGAGCCUGGCAAGCUACCGAGAGUAUCGUGCCCAUAUGGUAGAGCCUGGCAAGCUAUCUGUGGCGUAUUGGAUGUGCCAAAAACAGUAACAAUAAGUCUCACAAUGAGAGACAUUACUGGUGCCCGCUCCAACAAAUCGAUGAGAGUGGGAUGACAGUGACAGUGACAGUGACACACAUACUUGUAUAAGCAAAUAUAUCAACAGACCAAUUUUCCUACUGUUUUAAAAGCUAAUGAUUGAAAUUUGUGUUUGUGGAAGUUUUAACAAGCUAUUGUAAUGCCUUGGAAUUUUCUCUAGCUUUGAAAAGAUCCAUAGUAUGCACUUACACAUUGAUUUUAUUUAAAAUGAGGAAAUUUCAGGAUACCACCACCAACAAAUUCUCCCACCAGUGAAAGUGGUAAGGCAAAGCAAAAUUGUCCAUUAGAACAUAGUUUGAGGGAAGCUAGACAGAAUGAGGCAGUAUGGUGGGGAUGGUAUUGUUUUCUCUUCCUGUAAACAUUUUUAAAUAAUACUGACUUGUUUUAUCAUGAGAAUUAACCCAAAUUUGCUAAAUUUCAAAGUUGUGUGGUAAGCCAAGAAGAAUUGAUAUAGAACUGACUGAUACAAGCUGUACAUAUGAACAAUGCAACAUAUACUGUUUACCAAUCAUGAAAAAUACCAAUGUACAAUAAGAAAUGUACUUUUUUUGCUAAAAUACAUUUUGAAAUUAUAUUUUUGUAUUUUAAGAGAUCAAUUUUUAUUAUUAUUUUUUACUACACUCAGUAAUGCUCUGGGCAAGAGUCUUAACCCCUGUACCUCUAAUCCUGAGUUUAAAUCUUAGUUUUAUGUGUUAUUAAGUGAAAAAAAAGCAUAAAACAAAAAUCCAAACAAUGGAAGUAAAAAUACUGAAGUAAAAGAAAUUGCAUUUAUCCUGUUUUCUUUAUCUUCAACUUAUAAAUUGUUAUUUUGAUUU